AUGGCCGGAGAUGGCGGCGACGACGAGGACCAGCUUGGGUGGUCCUUAAACCACGCGGCUUGUCUCCGCGACCGCGUCACCAGCCUCUACCGACCUUUCCCGCACGCGCCUCUUCCCAUGCCCGUGCCCGGCGACCUUCAUACCCACCUCCCGCCCCGAUUCCUGCUCAUCACCAGUUGUCUCAUCCAUGCUGUUCAUGUCCUUCCUAUGUUUGUAGCUCAGUCUACUGACGAGCAAGCGCUGCUUGCAUUCAAGGCCUCCAUCUCCGACGAUCCGAGCAGGGUGCUUGCUGCAUGGACGCCCACCAGUGGCAGUGUGAAUGCAACAGACAGCGUCUGCCAGUGGAGCGGCAUGUCAUGCCGCUCCCAACAGCACCCAGGCCGUGUCACGGCGCUGGAGAUCAUGUCGUCCAACCUGAUGGGUGUGAUCAGCCCCAGCCUGGCCAACCUCUCCUUCCUCCGCACACUCAACCUCUCUGGCAACCGCUUCUCCGGUAACAUCCCCUUGGAGCUUGGCCUGCUGCGUCGCCUCCAGGUCAUCAGCCUCGGUGGGAAUUUUCUCACUGGUGAGAUACCCACGUCUCUCACCAACUAUGCUCGCCUCACCCAUGUGGAGUUACAACGGAAUGGAUUGCAUGGAGAGAUCCCGGCGAACUUCAGCUACUGCCGAGAGCUCCGGGUGUUCAACGUCAGUGUGAACGGCCUGUCCGGUGGCAUUCCGCCAUCGUUUGGGUCACUGUUGAAGCUUGGGUUCUUGGGCCUUCAUCGGAGCAACCUCAUCGGUGGCAUCCCCCCAUCCUUGGGUAACCUCUCUUCACUUGUGGCAUUUGAUGCCAGUGAGAACUAUAAUCUAGGUGGUAACACACCAGACGUGCUAGUAAGACUCACCAAGCUGAAUUAUCUGAGGCUAGCUUCUGCCGGCCUUGGAGGCAAAAUCCCAACGUCGCUGUUUAACAUAUCAUCCCUUAGGAAACUUGACUUGGGAAACAAUGAUCUAUCUGGUGUGCUGCCGCCCGACAUUGGCUCCACUCUGCCAAGAAUCCAAUUCCUUUCGCUGUACAACUGUCGGCUCGAAGGGCGCAUCCCAUCGUCGAUAGGCAACGCGACGGGACUCCAUUUCAACCAGCUUGAGGCCAAGUGGGACAAGGACUGGGCUCUGAUGGUGGCACUAGGGAAUUGCAGUAGGCUGGUUGCACUAAGCCUUUCUAGUAACAGGUUUCAGGGCGUGCUCCCUACUUUUCUUGUAAAUCUCACCGUUGGGAUACAACAGAUCUUUAUGAAUGCAAACAUGAUAAGUGGUACGAUCCCCCCAGAGAUUGGCAAGUUCAGCAAUCUUCGUGUUCUUGCGCUUGCUGACAAUGCCUUGACUGGCACCAUUCCAGAUACCAUUGGCGGUCUUCGCAGCAUGACUGGGCUAGCUGUCUCUGGUAACAACAUAUCCGGUGAGAUCCCACUUAUGCUGGUUGCAAACCUUACUCAGCUUGCUUUCCUGGAUCUGUCACAGAACGACCUGCAAGGAAGCAUACCUGAGAGCUUUGGAACCAUAAGCAUUGGAAUCCUGGACUUGUCUUACAAUCAGUUCAGCGGUUUGAUACCAAAACAGGUUGUCAAUCUCUCCUCUCUAACUCUGUUCCUCAACCUGUCCCACAACAUCUUCUCAGGUCCGAUCCCUUCAAAAGUAGGCAGAUUGAGCAGCCUUGGUGUGCUGGACUUGUCAAACAAUAUGCUGUCAGGAGGGAUACCCCAGACGGUCUCCCAGUGUCAAGCUUUGGAGUACUUGUUUCUGCAGGGAAACCGGCUUGAUGGGAGGAUUUCCCCAUCACUCAACUCUCUGAAAGGUCUUCGGUACUUGGACAUGUCACAGAAUAAAUUGUCCGGUCCAAUCCCAGAUUUCUUGGCAACAUUUCAGUACUUGCGUUACCUGAACUUGUCCUAUAACCAAUUUGAUGGGCCGGUGCCGACAACAGGAGUGUUCAAUGAUUUAAGAACCUUCUCUGUUGCUGGGAACAGAGUUUGUGGUGGUGUUUCAGAGCUGCAGCUUCCGAGAUGUUCUGGUACUGAUCACUCUGGUACAAGGUUAAACAAAUCAAGAACUGUACUGAUUUUGGCUAUUACCAUCGGAGCUUUCUUGGCUCUAGUCCUCGACUCCUCGUCACAUGCACCUUUGUGA